GCACAGUGCAUGCGUCAAAACACACGCCUCGGGCUGCAGGGGUUCCCAUGACUCCGUGGCGACUGAGAGAGAAUCUGACCGAAUUAAGUGACGUAGCCACAAAGGAAGGAAGUAGGCGGUGCAACAGGAAACCGUAGUCCCUCUGAUCACGUGACAGGGGUGAGCCGCUUUGGCACCUCCCAUUCUAAGAUGGCGUCGCUGCUGCAAUCGGAGCGAGUUCUGUACCUGGUCCAAGGAGAGAAAAAGGUUCGAGCUCCGCUCUCGCAACUGUACUUCUGCCGCUACUGCAGCGAAUUGAGGUCGCUGGAAUGCGUCUCACACGAGGUGGACUCCCAUUAUUGUCCCAGUUGCUUGGAGAAUAUGCCAUCGGCUGAAGCCAAGCUUAAAAAAAACAGAUGUGCUAACUGUUUUGACUGUCCUGGCUGUAUGCAUACCCUUUCUACUCGAGCUACAAGCAUUCCCACACAGCUUCCUGAUGAUCCAGCCAAGACCACCAUGAAGAAAGCCUAUUACCUAGCCUGUGGGUUUUGUCGUUGGACAUCUAGAGAUGUGGGAAUGGCAGAUAAAUCUGUUGCCAGUGGUGGGUGGCAAGAACCUGAAAAUCCUCAUACACAAAGGAUGAACAAAUUGGUUGAGUAUUAUCAGCAACUGGCCCAGAAGGAGAAAGUGGAACGGGAUCGUAAAAAGCUGGCCCGGCGUCGAAACUAUAUGCCCCUGGCAUUUUCGGACAAAUAUGGUCUUGGAACCAGACUUCAGAGACCACGAGCUGGAGCUCCCAUCAGCACCCUAGCAGGACUUUCCCUUAAGGAAGGAGAAGACCAAAAAGAGAUCAAGAUUGAGCCAGCACAAGCUGUGGAAGAAGUGGAACCUCUUCCUGAGGACUACUAUACGAGACCAGUAAAUCUCACAGAGGUGACUACCCUGCAUCAGCGCCUCUUGCAGCCUGACUUCCAGCCAAUCUGUGCUUCACAGCUCUAUCCUCGACAUAAGCAUCUGCUGAUCAAACGAUCCCUGCGCUGUCGAAAAUGUGAGCAUAAUUUGAGUAAACCAGAGUUCAAUCCAACAUCUAUCAAAUUCAAAAUCCAGCUUGUUGCUGUUAAUUAUAUCCCAGAAGUCAGAAUCAUGUCAAUCCCCAACCUACGCUACAUGAAGGAAAGCCAGGUCCUACUGACUCUUACAAAUCCAGUGGAGAAUCUUACCCAUGUGACACUGUUGGAAUGUGAAGAGGGAGACCCUGAUAACAUCAAUAGUACUGCAAAGGUGGUUGUACCUCCCAAGGAGCUCGUUCUAGCUGGCAAGGAUGCAGCAGCAGAAUAUGAUGAAUUGGCAGAGCCUCAGGAUUUUCAGGAUGACCCUGACAUCAUAGCCUUCAGAAAAGCCAACAAAGUGGGCAUUUUCAUCAAAGUCACCCCACAACGUGAAGAAGGUGAAGUGACCGUAUGUUUUAAAAUGAAGCAUGAAUUUAAAAACCUAGCAGCACCAAUUCGCCCUAUUGAGGAAGGUGAUCAGGGCUCUGAAGUCAUCUGGCUCACCCAGCAUGUGGAGCUCAGUCUCGGCCCACUGCUCCCAUGAUGCAUCCUAAUGAUGAGCAAACCUCAAAAGACAGCCUGGAAAUUCUUGCAUCACAAUGGACCACCUGGAAAUGCUGAAACCACUGAAGCCACAAUUUCAUUAAGCUUCAUUUAUGUUAUACACAUACAUUACUGAUUUCUGUCAGGGGAGUGGGAAACAUGGACAAGAAACAAGAAAUGCUGAAUAACUGCUGUUCUUUUUCCCAUUGCUUGAAUAUUCGCUAUGUAAAUCUUUGACUGCUUCACAACCCUUGUACACUUUGAACUCCAGCACUAUUUGAGCACAGAGAAAGGUGGCCAAUCUAAGCCCAUUACUGCAUCUUGCUCAAGUGGCAUCAGCUUCAAAGCCCCCAAAAUGCUGCUUGUUCUAUCUCCAAUCUAGUCUGAUGGAUAGUGUUCAGUAUCUUACAGAGGAAGCUUCAAGCAUAUUCCAAAAGGGGCCUGCUGUUAGUUGGCAAAUAUUUAGAAAUAGAACACUGUUAAUGUAGCAGCUGUUCUAUGCAUUCCACCAGAAAUUUUUUCAGCAGUCUAAAUAGAUUCUUCUUUUUUCCUUAGUAUCUUCCAUUGCAUUCUUCAGGACUGACUUGUCUAUUGUAGCUUGCUCAGUGAUUGAAGAAUUUCUGAUUCUUAAGUAACUGUGGCUUGCCUUUUUUUUUUGUUAGGAACAUGUUCUGUUCAUAGUGUAAAAUGAAACAUCUGACAUUUGUGAGAUUGCUGCUAAAUUAUCUUGAUAUUAAAUGAUAGAAUGUGUUCUUUUUAUGAAGUAUUUUGGCCUCAGACACUUCCUAGCUGUGUGACUCUGAGCAAGUCACUUAACCCUGGUUGCCUAACCCUGGCCUGUCUUAGAAUUGAUACUAAGACUGAAGAGAAGGGUUUGGUUUUUUGUUAUUGUUAAAUAUUUUAAAAGCAGGUACAAGUUCAAGAGUGGUAAAUUUCAUUAAGUGUUACAAAAACUUUUGCUAAGGGAAGUGGUUUUUUUUCCCCUUUUCCUUCUCAGUCCCUGUCUCUUUAAUUCAGUAUUUGGAAACUUCCCAGAGCCCAAAGGAAGUUUAAGUAGAUAAGAUCAGUAUGCUUCAAACUUUAGAGGUUAAAUUAUUAGGCAUGUCCUAAAUUUAUGUUCUUUCUAGCAACUUAUGGAAAAAAUUAGUAACUGUAUUCUCUUGGAUCCCAAAAUGAACCUAAAGAAAAAGAUUGCCUACGAUCCCCUUUCUGGGUUCUUGGCAUUUAGCUACACCUAGAAUUUUUCAUAUAGUAAUUUUGAUUUUGGCAAUAAAGUGGCUUAAAAGGUCCCACAGGAAUUCUAGCAAAGUUCAUGUCAUCAGUUUGUACCCAGCAAGCUAAGUCUCCAUUUUAAGUAGCCAUGUUGGGUUGCUGUUAUUGAAAAUGAGUCCUUUAGUAAAACAUGCCACUAAGCCCACCCACCCCCUCUGUUACUAAAUUCUGACAAGGCUUAUGUUUUUCUCAGAAAGAUCAGUGUCUAUUUCAGGAUGUAUCUUUAAAGGUCAGUUUUGAAGCCAUCUCCUAAUUUGAUAAUUGAAUGCAAAUAGGCACUUGCCUGUUACUCCUCAAAAUUAAUAAAAACUUAGCAUUCAAAAAACUUUUAAGUUGCACCAUCUAAAGCAUACCAGUUAUGUCUGACUUUUUCCUACAGAGCAACAAUUAUACCACAGUAAAGGAGAAAAUGUUCUUGCCUAUAUAUUACUAAAUACUGACAAUAUACACAGUUUAGCAGCUUGAGAAAGGAAGGUGUAAGUAACUACUUGACAGGCAGUAGGAAGAGUCGUGUUUUUAUGUCUUAAGAAUUAUCUGAUUUUCAUUCUACUGUCAGAAAGGCUACCAUGAGGGUAUUUCAGCCUAUUUGCUGGUGAAGGAGAUGGCAAGAAAAAGAAUACCUUAAUGUCUUUGUAAAUUUGCAUAGAUUACACACCGUUGUACAAGCAUGAGUUUAUAAAGUGUAGCUGAUAUUUAUUCUUAAAUGUUAUGUUGAGAUAAUGGCAACUGCUAUGAUCAUCCCCUAUAUAUAACAGAACACUACAGAUGCUUUGGUCUUAAAGAUUUUCUUCAGAAUCCAGAUUAACUUGCAAAUAACAAUGCUAACUGGUGUAAUGUUUCCUUGAAAUAGUUUUAGUACAGACUGGUACAAGUGUGUAUGUGGAAGUGGUUCAACACUUAUUACACCUAGUGAAGUUGGGGUUCUAUCCUAGAUUACAGGAAAGAUUCUUUAGUGCUUAUUUAUACACUGUCUACCACAACAGGAAAAUUGAAUAUUACUGGGACUAUUAUUAGCUAUUAUUUUGGAAACCAAAAGCUAUUAACUAAAAAUGGUGGAUUAUUUAGCCCACCAAUUUCUCCUUAAAUGCUUUUAGGUGUCUCCAGCAAAAUUCUGUGUAUAUUUUUGUGGAAGCAUCUCAUUUAUUCCCUGUAGGGCAAUAAGAGGCAUUCUUUGCUAAUGACAGAUUACUAUGUUGCCUUAUUGCUUAACUUAAUGUAGUAAAGAAAUAAAGUUGACAGAAAAGCU